AUGUCUCUAAUACCGUCAUUUUCCCAAGCAUCACUAGCCGUAGCUACGCUGGCUGCAACCGCUGGGGCUUAUACUGCGUCCAGCCCUCCAAACCCCGACACCAAGUUGGCCCCCGCGUCCAAAGAUUUCCUGAGCUCUUAUAACCUCACGGGGAAACACAUAGCCAAGGUGGCGUUUUCCCCCAUCGCGGUUGUCGCAUUGCAAACUGCCACCUUGGCCUAUCGGUAUCCCAACAUACCCCCUUCACUUCUCGGCUAUGGCCCAGAGAACGGCCUUGAUGUAAAUCUCUUCAGGUGGUCAGCGGACACGGCUAUUCCGCUGACUCUGGUUCUGUGUGCCGGUGUCCCUCUGCGGCUCUAUUCGUAUAGAUCCCUGGGCAAGAACUUUACGUUUCAACUCACCAAGCCAGAGCGUUUAAUCACGACCGGCCUCCAUGGCUACUUGCAGCACCCAAGCUACACGGGUGCGGCGAUUUUGGGGUACAGCAGUGCGUUCUGGCUGCUUCGCUUUGACGGUGUCAUCAGCUGCUGGCUGCCGCCAUGGCUGUAUGGGAAGCUUACGUGUAUGGGGGUAUUUUUCAAUGCCUUUAUGCUAUCCGGGCUUUUCUCCUGGCUGGUUUGGAAACGGGUAAGGGAGGAGGAGAAGAUGCUAAAGGCUACGUUUGGGGCUGAGUGGGAGAGUUGGCAUGCUACAACACCCAGAUUCCUGCCGUUUUUAUUCUAG